AUGCUCUUUAGCAAUUUGUUUGCCCUGAACGGUCGCGACAGCGACAACACCUUUUUGGAGCGCAACCUAGAUAGCGACGUUUCGAUUGAUACCAUCAAUAUUGUAGUGACCUCGAUCGUCGUGGCCAUUGGUGUUCUCGUUGCAGUAUUUGCCUGGUUAAUGUACUGCUACUACGUCGAGCUUCACGAUUUCAACUUUCCUGGCUACGAAUCUUACCAAUACGGGGCAACCCGCCGUCACUCUGCCACCAACGAAGGUCUGGCGCUGGGACAAGCUGCAUCCCGAUACAAUAUCAUGGUUGAUGAAGAAACAGGCGACAUCAUCACCCAUCGGGAGGACGCGCCAACAACGGAGCGAGCAGCGGCAGCUCGUGACAGAACUCGCCGCACCUCUGAGGCUAUGCUAGGUGUUGAUUCUCGACGCGGGUCGUCGUGGAGUCUAGCCAGUGGAAGCCAUCACCAGCAACACUAUCAGCAACCCCACGGGCGUCGCAGCUCCACCUUUAGCGUAGGCCCUCCCUUGGCAGACCGCCGAGCAUCAAGUGGCAGUCUUCUAGCUGCAUACCCCUCCAAUACCUUCAAUGCCGCUGAUCGGCGCGGCUCCUCAUCUUAUUACGCACCUGAGCAACGGCGUGGAUCGUCUUACGAUACUCAACGUCGUCGGUCGCAGCAUUUUGAUACUCUUGAUCUUGACGGCUACCACUACAACUUGGGGCCACCAGGCACUGAACGCCGCCGCAGCGUGUCUUUUGAAGACUUGCCUCAGAUGCCGGAGCGCCGCUCAUCUCGCGAUCUGAUGCUCCUUGCGCCGCGCCGCUCAUCCCGCGAUCUUCUCCCACCAGAGGCGCGUCGUGAAUCUCUGUCCAACCCUAUGCUCCCGGGGUAUCGAAGGCAAUCUCAAAUUCAAAUCGCGAGCGUGGGAGAGCGUCGUCGGCGUGCCACUGAGCAAUAUCUGCCACCAGAUCGUCGUGGCUCGAUGGAGUCUCUAUCCUACUCGCGCCGCGAACGUCGCGGCUCAGCGCGCAGCAUUUCCUCUCGCUCUCGAUCAGGUUCAACGCGGAGCAGACACAUGUCUUUUGACGCGGCGCCGCCCCCCGUGGAGCGACGCAGUUCUUCCCACAAUCUACUCUUGCCUCCACCAGCAGGCCGUCCUCGUAUGCCUUCUCCAACGAACAGUGAUUCCAGGCGCUCGCCCGAUCCUCUGCACAUGCCCGAUGGAUCUCGAGAGUAUCAGGACAGCCCUGUCAGUGCCUUGACCGCAGAGAGCGCAGCCUCACGAUCGUCGCCUUCUAUGCGGCCUUCCCUGCCAGCACCUGCGUAUGAUGAGCAUUCCAUGAAGAGCGCACAGUCUCCACACUUGCUCCGACAACCCCAGCGCAGCUUGUAUCAGAUUGGUGAGACGCCCGAGCCUUCUGACCCAGACGAUGAAGAAGAAGGUAAACGCCUACAGCGCCGCCGCGUGACAAGAGAUGUGCAGAUUGAAAAUGGGCAACCUUCGCAGCCAACGGCGUCACGUGAAAGCGCAGCCAUGACGGUGCCUUCCGCACGGAAGUAUUCGACCGAGGUGCACAUCGUUGAAUCUUCCGAUUCCGAUAGUGACGUUGUCGUCAAUUUACCGCCAGCCUUUCAAAAGGACCAUCACGCUGGCAUCAACGAGCCACCCCUCGACACAAGGCACGACCAGCCCACGGAUGUUGCCAUGGAAUCGCAGCUUGAUAAAAACCAGCCGCUUCGUCCUCCUCCAACCCAUGGACCGAUGAUGUAUAUUCAAAUGCACGACGAUGCUGCAGAUGGCACGGCCGAGUCCACCAUUUAG